AUGGAAGUUGACGAUCUCACUGAAGAACAAAGCAAUGCUUUAUCUCGCUUUCGAGAAUUUACACAUAUUGAUUCGGUUGAAACGUGUCGUCAAUAUUUAGCUGCACAUGAUUGGGACGUUGAACGUGCAAUAGAAACUGCAUUAAUAUCUAAUUCUGAUUUACCAUUAAAUACUAAUGACGAUAAUGAUGAUGAUGAUGAUGAUCAUAGAAUAACAACGGAUCAAAUACCAUCAGCACCACCUAUGCCUGAAGCAAUUCCAAAUCAAUAUAUCCCUCAAAGACCUGUAUCAAAUACAUUAGCUAAUGAUCAUUCUACACAAAAUCCUAUUUUACGUAUAUUGCACAUACCAUUAUCAUUUUUAUAUGCUUUUUAUCGUCAAAUUGAACCAUUUAUACCUUGGCCAGUCAUUCAUUUUUUUACUUCCUUCCUUCGAUCAUUAUUCUUUGGUGGUAGAACUGUCGAUCCAAUAACAGAAAUUACCGAUUAUUGUACUUACUUUGAUAAUCAAUAUGGAGCAAGACAUCCAGCUUUUUAUCGCGGAACACUUUCACAAGCACUUCGAGAUGCACAACGCGAAGUUCGUCUAGUAUUUAUUUAUUUACAUGAGAAAAAUUCACCUUUAUGUGAUCGAUUUAGCAGAGAAGUACUUUGUGAAGAUGCUCUACGAUCGACUAUAGGUGAUAAUCUUUUAUGGAGUGCAAGUCGAGAUACACAAGAAGGGGCACAAGUUAGUCGUUUAUUACACACAAAUUCCUUUCCUUGUUUUUGUAUUAUUGCACAUCGUGGUUCACAACAAACUGUUCAACUUAAACUUGACCGAUACACUGAUGCUGAUGAAUUUUUGGCUGAAGUUAUCAAUGGUGUACAACAUGCUGAUCAAACAUUGCAAUUUAAUCGUGAAAGACAAAAUUCACGAAAUUCUCGAGAUCGUCUCUUAGAAGAACAAAAUGCUGCUUAUUUAGAUUCAGUUCGUGCUGAUGAAGAAAAAGCUAAACAACGUUUACAAGAAGAAAAUGAACGCCGAAAAUUAGAAGAAGAUCAACGACGUUUACAAGAAGAACAACAAAAAAAACUUCAAGAAUUUGUUGAUUUUCGUAAUCGUAUAAAGCAAGCCUUCCCUGAUGAACCAUCAUCAACCGAACCAGAUAUAAUUCAAGUAUCAAUACGUUUACCAGCUAGUGAACCUAUUCGUCGUUGUUUUCGUCGUACUGAUCCCGCCAAACUUUUAUUUGAAUUUGCUUGGACAAAUUCAAAUGUACCCGAUCAAUUUGAAUUAUUAUGGGGUUAUCCACGUAAACGUUAUCAAUACGAACAGAUAGGUGAUAAACUUAUAAGUGAUGUUAUGACAGGCAAAACCGAAACGUGUUAUCUUGAACAGAUUGAUGAAGAAAAUAAUUAA